CCUUAUUAUCUUCAAUCCCCUUCUUCUCUCUUCCCAUUCACUUCUCGCCGGAGAACUCUCUCUCUUCACUCUAGCUUCUCCUCUUCUCCCGGCGUUCUCCGCCGGCACUGCCUAAAUCGACUUCCUCAUGGAUCCCUGCCCUUUUCUUCGGGUUCUAGUCGGAAACUUAGCCCUCAAGUUUCCGGUCGCCGCCAAACCGUCUUUCUCCGGCGUGCAUCCAUCGAGUUCUCCGUGCUUUUGUAAAAUUAAACUGAGCGAUUUUCCGACGCAGUUCGCUACUGUUCCUCUCGUCGUCGACGGCGAAACUUCCGGCGCGAAUAGUUCUUCUUCUGUACUUGCGGCCUGCUUCAGCCUCAAUAAAUCUCAGAUUGAGAAGCUUGUUUCUAAGCGGAAAGAUUUGUUAGUGAAGAUUGAAGUCUACACCGGCCGCCUUGGUCCGGUUACUUGCGGCGGCGACCUCUUCGGAAGCUCCGCUAAGUUACUCGGCCGAAUCGUUGUGCCGGUGACUGGUUCGAGUUUGUCAGAAACUAAACCGUGCGUGUUCCACAACGGAUGGACCGGAAUCCGUGGAGGCACAAAAGGUUACUCAUCGGCUCAAUUGCACUUGACGGUUCGCGCCGAGCAGGACCCGAGGUUCGUGUUUCGGUUCGACGGUGAACCGGAGUGCAGUCCUCAGGUUUUUCAGGUGCAAGGAAGUGUACAGCAACCGGUUUUUACUUGCAAAUUCGGUUUUAGAAACGAACGUGAUUGGGAUCGUUCAAGGUCGUCAAUUACUGAGCAAAGUAGCACCUCGAGGAGUUGGUUACCGAAGAUCGGAUCCGAGAGGGACCAAUCGGCGAAAGAACGAAAAGGAUGGUCCAUAACGAUCCACGAUCUUUCCGGAUCGCCGGUCGCCGCCGCGUCCAUGGUGACACCAUUCGUACCGUCGCCAGGUUCGCACCGUGUAAGCCGUUCAAAUCCCGGCGCCUGGCUAAUUCUCCGCCCGGUCGACGGUAGCUGGCACCCGUGGGGCCGCCUCGAGGCAUGGCGGGAGAGCGGCGGCUCAGAUUCAAUCGGCUACCGAUUCGAGCUCCUCCCGGCGACCUCCGCCGCCGCUACGUUAGCGAACUCCACCAUAAGCUCGAGCAGCGGCGGGAAGUUCACGAUCGAUAAGACCGGCAGCGCGUCGCCAGUGAUCAGCCCUAACGAAAGCUUCGACCUCGGGUCUGGAUCAGGAUCUCGACCCGGAUCCGGGGAUUUCGGGUACUUGACGGCGUAUCAGUACAAAGGAUUUGUGAUGUCGACGAAGGUGGAAGGGAUGAAGAAGAAGAAUAGGAGGGCAGAGGUGGAAGUGGCGGUACAGCACGUGACUUGCACGGAGGACGCAGCGGUGUUUGUGGCGUUGGCGGCGGCGGUGGACCUGAGUAUGGACGCCUGCAGGCUGUUCUCUCAGAAGCUAAGGAAGGAGCUGAGGCAAUGAAAGGGCUUAUUGUCGUUUCGCGUGAAUGAGCUUGUCGUUUUGGAAUUUCAGACAUUUUUGAAUUUUUAUAUAUUCAUUUUAUUUUUCAAUAGUUGAGUUGUAUUUCUUGUACAGAGGGAGAGAUCAAUAGAUGCACGAUUCUU